AUGGACAAACCAGUCACACUGCCACCGUUCGGGCCAGCCUCGCCGCCCCAGCAACCCGCCGACAGCGCGCCGCCCAACUCUGCCGCCGUCCCGCUCCCGGCAGCUGCAGCAGCCUCUCCGCGCACUCGGACGACGGUGGCCUGCGUCAGGUGCAGGAGGGGGAAGACCAAGUGCCUCACGUUCGAGGGCAAGAGCGCGUGCGAGGCGUGCGCGACCAGGGGCGUCGAGUGCGAGCGAGCCGACUCGAGGGCAAAGGCAUCAGGCGCAUCCGAGACCCGCCGUGUCCGACCGCCAAAGAGGCGCGCAGCGGACGACCUCGAGCCAGCGACCGUCUCCGCUGCGGACGCUCCCGCUCGACCUCCCAUGCCCGCUCGCACAAUCCAGCCAGCUCGCCCGUCUGCGCCAGGAGACGCUGCUUCGACCGCGGAGAGUGGACCGGCGGCAGCGGAUUUCUUCCAGUGCUACACCCAACUCGGCUUCCUCCAUCGCCCGUCGUUCCUCCAUCAGCUGCAGACCCACCCCGACUCGAUCUCGCCCUUCCUCGUCCUCUGCAUCAUCGUCAUUUCAUCGCGCAUCACCCCCGCCCUCGCAGAACGCUACCCGUCGCCCUCGCUCGCAGCCGACGCGUUCGCCAAGCAGGCGCAGUCGCAAGUCCUGCACGAGCUGAGCCCCCCGCCGUCGCUCGAGCUCGUGCAGGCUCUGCUCCUCCUGUCACUCCACGACGCCGGCACGCUCUUCGAGUACCGCGCGAAAGCGCUCCAGGGCCUCGCAAGGCAGAUGGCCGAGACGCUCCGCCUGCACGAACCGGUUCCCGGUCUCUCAGUCAUCGAGAACGAAGUGCGCCGCCGGACGUGGUGGUUCCUCACCUUCUCCAUCAUCCCUCUCGAUGCGCAACCCUCCCCGACACCCGCCUACUUCCAGCCCGCCCUCGUGCCCGUCCCGCUCCCUUCAAACGAACAAGACUUUACGUUUGGCGUCCGCGCGCACGACGAGCGCAUGUUCCCCAACCUCGCUCGUUUGCCGCAGUCACCCUCGCCGACGGAAGACCUGUCCCUCCUCGGCGCCUACGUGACAGCCCGCAGCAUCUUUGGCGAAAUAAGCCGCGCCGUGGCUCCUCUCGAAACCGACUCCUCCGCCCUCCCGCCGUGCUGGACACCCACGAGCCCCCUCCCCGCCCUCCAGUCCGCCUUGGACGCUUUCAACGCCCUCCUCUCUCCCAUCCAACACUGGACAACUCCCAACCUCCUCGCCUACCGCGCAUCGAACCUCGACCUGGGCUUCUGGUCCAUCCACGCGACCCUCCGCGCAGCCCAAAUCCUCCUCUACCGCGCUUAUCUGCCCAUCAUGGCCCGCGUGUUGAGCGAGGACGGUGCGGAUGUAGGAUUGGGAGGGGAAGUGCCGCCAGGCGGGAGGGAGUAUUGGAGGGCGUUGGCGGCGAAGACGGUCGAGAAUGCAUUUGGGCUGUUGGAUGAGGCGGCGGAGUGUCUCGGCGCAGGGCCGGCGAGGAAGGGAAUGACGCCGCAUCUCGCCUUCUGCGUCUACAUCGCCGGCACAGUCUUAACCUUCCUCCGCCUGCACCCGAACCUCGCCCCUUCGCACGUCCCCGCCGCCCCCUCACGCAUCGCCAACGCCCUCUCGACAAUGCACCACUCGGCCACCCUCUGGCCCGUCGCAGAACAAUGGCACCGGUCGCUCUACCAGCACGCGCUGGCGGGUCCGGUCGAGGCGGGUGUGGCGUACAGGUCUUUUGCGCCGGAAGGUUCGUUGCGACAUGACGAGCAAGAGCAGGAGCAAGAGCAGAAUGGGGUGUCGGCUCAGCAUGCGGCGUCGACGCUCGCGGCGAUGGCGAGGCGGAGGAGCAGUGCGAGUGGGAGCGGCGGCGGGAGCGGCAGCCGGAGCGGACAAGAGAGUCGACCGACCUCCUCGGACGCCAUCGGCUUGCACGAGCGCGACUUGAAACCCGUCGUCGCAGGCAGCGCAGACGCGACCUACAUCCCCUCCCCCUCCGCCGCCUCUUCCAUCCCCACCUCCUCCUUCAGCGGCCUCUACACCCCUCCGCAACCCGAACACCGUAUCUCCUUCGGCGCCAUCAGCGAAGGCGAGUACGAGGAGGCGGAGAAGGCCAAGGUGAGGGAGGCGAGGAGGAUCGAGGCGUUGCUUGCUGGUGCGCAGGGGUGA